GUUCCUUUCCGCCACUAGGGGGCAGUGCUCUUCCAGAGUUGGCGCAUGCUCCGUAGCAUGUAAACACUAGACAUUUGUGUACACGUAUUACCGCUGCAUGGGCUGGACCCGGGAGUCAAUGGGAACGAGCUAAAGUUAACGCUGGCUGUUAGCCUUCAACUAGAAACUCUGCCAGCUUGUGUUGGCUAAUAUUUAUUUGAACACGUUCCGUGAGCCGGCUCUUUUUCCCUCAUCGUAGCGGAACUGUACCUUCGUGCAUGGGAAACUGGAGACAUUUGCUGCGGCUGGCUAAAAACGCUUCAAGGUGGCGACAGAUAAGGUGGCAGGAAAGCUGAGUUCUACUCUCUCAUGGAUGAAGAACUCCGUGUCGCUCUCAGUCAGUCAGAUGGCUAGCCAGGUGGCCACGCCCACAUCCCUGCCGACCCCCACUACCUCCUCCUCCACGUCUCUGUCCUCGCCUGCCCUCUCACCCUCCUCACCCGCGCAGCUCAGUCCGGACGAUGAAGAGCUGCUGGCGAAGCUCGAGGAGCAAAACAGGCUUCUGGAGACGGACAGCAAGUCGCUACGCUCCAUGAAUGGUUCCCGGCGAAACAGUGGCUCCUCCCUGGUUUCCAGCUCCUCCGCCUCCUCCAACCUCUCCCACCUGGAGGAGGACACGUGGAUCCUGUGGGGGAGAAUAGUUAAUGAGUGGGAGGAUGUGCGCAAGAAGAAAGAGAAGCAGCUUAAGGAUCUGGUGAGGAAAGGGAUUCCUCACCACUUCCGGGCCAUAGUGUGGCAGCUGCUGUGUAACGCCCAGAACAUGCCCAUCAAAGACCAGUACUCAGAAUUGCUGAAGAUGACGUCGCCGUGCGAGAAGCUGAUCCGUAGAGAUAUCGCUCGCACCUAUCCUGAGCACGAGUUCUUCAAGGAGAAGGACAGUUUGGGCCAGGAAGUGCUUUUUAAUGUCAUGAAGGCUUAUUCUCUGGUGGAUCGUGAGGUUGGCUACUGUCAGGGGAGUGCCUUCAUUGUGGGUUUGCUGCUCAUGCAGAUGCCAGAAGAGGAGGCGUUCUGUGUGUUUGUGAAGCUGAUGCAAGACUACAGGUUACGAGAGCUCUUCAAGCCCAGUAUGGCAGAACUGGGACUCUGCAUGUACCAGUUUGAAUGUAUGAUCCAGGAGCAUCUCCCUGAGCUUCAUAUGCAUUUCCAGGCCCAGAGCUUUCAUACCUCCAUGUACGCCUCCUCGUGGUUCCUCACCAUCUUCCUCACCUCCUUUCCUUUGUCCGUCGCCACGAGGAUCUUCGAUAUAUUUAUGUGUGAGGGUUUGGAGAUUGUUUUCCGUGUUGGAUUUGCCAUCCUUCAGAUGAACCAGGCUGAGCUCAUCCAGCUCGACAUGGAGGGAAUGUUACAG